AUGUACUUUGAUGACAAUGUACAAUUCAAGCUUGCUAUGAUUAGUUAUGCUGUUUACACAAAGAGGGAUCUGUUUUGGAAAAAGAAUGGUUUAAAGUAUGUUAGGGUUGAAUGCCUAGGGAAGGGGUGUGGUUUUCAUGUUAGUGCAGGGUGGGAGGAAAGAACUAGGUGUUUUCAGGUUAAAGCAAUUAUGUUGGAGCAUAAAUGCAACACUCAAUUCACCUUAGGGAUAGUUAGUCAGAAAUGGUUAGAAUGGAAAUUUGAAGAGAAGGUCAGGCAAAAUCCAACUAUUGGUUAUUCUGAGCUCAGCAGGGACAUUAAAUCUGAAUUCAACUUGAAUGUAACUGUCAGUAUGUGUAGAAGGGCAAUUACAGGGAUUUUGAAGAAACUUGAUAUUGGGUAUGAGAGUAGUAUAGUGAAGAUAAAAACAACAAGAACUGUGGAAAAUUCACCUUUGGUGUUUGAGAGGAUAUAUGUCUGUUUUGGUGCAUUGAAGAAGGGUUUUUUAGAGGGGUGUAGGAGGUUCAUUGGACUUGAUGGCUGCUUCCUGAAGGGGAAACUAAAGGGUGAAAUACUGUCAGUUGUGGGUAGAGAUGGGAACAAUCAAAUGUACCCAAUUGCAUGGGUUGUAGUUGAGAUUGAGAAUACCUCUUCAUGGAGAUGGUUUCUAGAGCUGUUGAAGGCUGAUUUGUGCAUUGUGGACAACACUCAAUGGACCUUAAUGAGUGAUCAGUAG